AAAACCAUGGAAGACGCCUGGCUGUACACAUCUCUAUCUGUUGUCUUUCUCUUGUUUGCUUUCAAGCUCUUGCUUCAAAGCAAAAGAGGCCAUGGAAACCUCCCACCAGGUCCACCUGCCGUUCCUAUUCUGGGCCAUCUCCACCUCCUGAAAGGGCCUUUCCAUCGAGCUCUACACCAUCUUUCUGAAACCUACGGUCCUAUCUUCUCCCUCCGCUUCGGAUCCCGACUCGUUGUUGUAAUUUCCUCUUCUUCCGCUGUUGAAGAAUGCUUCACCAAGAACGAUGUGAUCUUCGCGAACCGCCCCCGCUUAAUGGUCAGCGAGUACCUGGGGUACAAGUACACCAGCAUAGUUUCAUCACCAUACGGCGAACACUGGCGCAACCUCCGCCGCCUCUGCGCGCUAGAAAUCUUCUCCUCGAAUCGACUUAACAUGUUUCUAGGCAUCCGUAAGGAUGAAAUCAAGCAUCUACUCCGCAGACUGGGUCGGGACUCAAGGGAUAAUUUUGCAAAGGUAGAGUUGAAAUCCUUGUUUUCAGAGCUAACGUUUAAUAUCAUAACGAGGAUGGUUGCAGGGAAACGGUACUACGGGGAAGGGGCGGAUUUUGAGGAGGCUAAGCAUUUCCGGGAGAUCAUAAGAAAGAGUUUUCUAUUGAGUGCGGCAUCAAAUCCAGGAGAUUUUUUGCCCAUAUUAAGAUGGAUGGACUACGGAGGGUAUGAGAAGAAGAUGGCCAAGAACAGUAGAGAGUUAGAUGUCAUCUUGCAAGGUUUGAUUGAUGAGCAUAGAAGUAAUAGUAAGAAGGAUUUAAUGGGUAAUAAUACUAUGAUCGAUCAUUUGCUUUCCCUGCAAAAAUCGGAGCCAGAGUACUACACAGAUCAAAUCAUUAAAGGGGUUACAAUGAACUUGGUUUUUGCCGGAACUGACACUGCGGCAGUAACAAUGGAAUGGGCGAUGUCCCUUUUGCUUAAUCAUCCCGAUGUGCUGAAAAAGGCUAAAGUAGAACUAGACACUUGUGUUGGACAAGAACGGUUGCUAGAAGAGGCUGAUCUUCCCAAACUACACUACCUUCAAAAUAUCAUUUCUGAAACCUUUAGACUCUGCCCACCUGCUCCACUUUGGCUGCCUCACAUGUCAUCUGAAAAUUGCCAAUUAGGGGGAUUCGAUAUACCUAGAGACACAAUGUUAUUGGUCAAUUCAUGGACCCUUCACAGAGACCCUAAAUUGUGGGAUGAUCCCACUAGCUUCAAGCCGGAGAGGUUUGAAGGUGGAGAAAAAGGUGAAACGUAUAAGCUAUUACCAUUUGGAACCGGAAGGAGGGCUUGUCCUGGGUCUGGUUUGGCCAAUAAGGUGGUUGGCUUGACUUUAGGGUCACUGAUUCAAUGCUAUGAAUGGGAGAGGAUCAGUGAGAAAAAAGUUGAUAUGAUGGAAGGGAAAGGACUUACCAUGCCCAAAAUGGAGCCAUUGGAAGCCAUGUGUAGAGCAUAUCAAAUCGUUAAAAAAGUCCUUCAGGAUGAAGAGACAAUGGUUAAUUAAAUAUUGCCUGUUAGCAUUAAGAUUUGUAUUUGUGUGGAUAGAUGCGAUCGACAUACAGGAUGUAGUUUAUUAUUAUUGUGCCCAUAGUCAUAACAAGUAUGUGUCCCUUCUUUAUUGCUAUUCAA